UUUUUACAAAUGAUAACAUUUUGUAAGUUGGAAGAAAAAUUAAGUUGCAACAUAUUUUAAGAUAUCGGCUAGCUUAAUUGCUUUUAAGUGAAAAAAAUAAGGUGAAAAAAAAUUAAUCAAAGUGAAAAAAUGAACAGUUUUAAUGCGACUCGUGAAGAAUCAGCCUCAUACAGUAGAUCCUGUACUAGCAAUAAACAGUACGCAAUUAAAAAUGAAAAUCUUAGAAGAAAUAAUCAACAAAAAAGUCCAACUCAUGUAAAAUGCAUGAAAAUUGAUGAAGCAAACGGUUUAAAUGUGAUUGAGAAGACUUUGCACACAACUAAGAUAUCCCCAACUGUGACUAUCAAUCAAGAAGUUUCCCGAGCAUGUAAAGUAGUUGAGAAAAGCACUCAUAAUAUUUUUCAAAUAAAAAGAAAAAGCCCUAAAACAUCACGGAAACAAAAAUGUCAUUAUAAUUAUGAAGUCGUUACUAAGCAGCAGGAAAAUACAGAAUUUAAGAAUUUAAAGUCAACCUGUAAAGAGAAGACUUAUCAAUAUAAAUUUGAAGAUCUUCCAACGGACCCACUUGAGCACAUCUGUACAUAUUUGAAUGACAAAGAUAAGUUAAAUCUUAUAAGUGCUGACGCAAGACUAUCGAUAGCAAUUGGCAAUUCUGCAACGGUUUUACACAAAUUUAAAAUUAUUGUGAACAAAGAAACGAUUUCGUCAGUUUUGGCAAAUCAAAAUCUUCAAAUUGUUCCAUUAAAAAAUUUAUCGAUUGAUCAUGAAGGAUUGAACACCUCUGAGGGGCCCUUAUGUGUUGUAAAUUUAUUCAAAAAUUCAAUUGAACAUUUAGAAUUAGAAAAUGCAAAGUUUAGAAAUUUUGAUCAAUUUAAUAGCUUGUUUAGUGGGCUGUUAAACUUAAAAUCUAUCAUCUUAAAGAAAUGUUCGGUUGACCAGCAUAUCAACAAAACUUUACCAACACUAUCAACUUUAAAAACUAUUUCCUUGGACAAAUGCAACGACAACAUUUUCAAAGCCUUAUCGAGUCAAGUCUAUACAGAAAAACUCACAAUCCGUAACGACGAUUGGACAUGGAAUGGAUUCCCUCAUGAAAUAGUCAACGAUAUGCUGUUUAAUUGCAUUAACAUGAAGCAUCUUGUUCUUAUUGGCAAUGGAACAGGAAGCUUCUUUGACUCGGACAACUUUUCAUUUAAACUUCAAGCUUUAGACACAACAAUGAUCACUUUUCACUGGUACGUAGGAAUUAAAAAUGGCAGAACUAGCUUUUUAAAGACACAAAAAGGAACAUUGAAAGAAUUAACAAUUCACAAAUUACCGUUCGACUUUGAUGGUGGCAAGGUCCUCAAUUACAUCAUUGAAGAGAUGAAUUUAAAUAAAUUUUACUAUGGCAAGACUCCAUUGAUCCUCGAUGGGAAGAAGCAGGAUGUGUAUGGUUUCGAAGCAAAUGAAAUUCAAAUAACGAGUGCCUUUGAAAUGCUUCAACAAUUUCCAUGUAUCAAAUUCUUCCGAUUUGUAUUAUGUGAAACUGACAUAGCUAGUGAUGAGGUUGAGAAGCGUGUAAAUCCUCCAACAAAAUUGUUCGAGAACCUAGAAGAGUUUGAAGUAGUUGACAAGAGCAGAUAUAGAGGAACCCUUGGUGUGUUUCUUGGAUUGUUCAAAAAAAUGAGAAAUAUUAGAAAGCUAACAUUAAUAACACAGGAUCGUAACAUAAAUACAUUGCUUGAGGAGUUUUUAAGAUUCAUGCCUCAUUUGAAUGAAAUUUACAUAACCUCAAAGGUUGCACGAGUAACUGAACGAUUUAAAAUUAUUAACAGGUUUGUUCCAAAUCUUAAUAAAAUAAGUGUUGCACCACAAUAUUUAGAGGAAGCGCAUACGACAUUUCAAAAUAUCCAAAUAUGUGAAACUGUUGAGAAUUAGCAUUAAUUUUAGGAUUUUCUUUCAUUCUUCAGUGGAGCUUCGAGUUAGAUAUUUUAAUAAAUCUAGUUCGCAGCUCUAUUAUAAUUUACAGAAUGAACAAGAAACCCUAAAGCAUGUUUUGUGUGAGGUUUGUGACAAGGAUUUUAAAUUUUUUAAAUUAUCAUGUAAUUUUCGUCAAUUGGCUUUGGACCAAAAUAUGCUAAAAAAGAGGACAAAAAUUAAAAUUUGCGUUAAAUUUUCAAAAGAAUUUUAUUUUAGCUGAUUUGAUUUGAACUUUUGAUUGUUAUGGGUUAGGGAUUCAUGAUAUAGAUCAUAAAUAUCGAAACAGUUAAAAAAUUUGGUAUAAUUCCGAGAAGUAUCAACAAAAUGCCAGCCAAAAGAAAUGGAAAAAUAAUAUAUAUAAAAAAGAGCUCAAAACUAAUAUUUUUUUUUCCGAUAUUGAAAGCUAAGAAUAAGCACGACAAUAGGCUUACAUGAACUCCAGCCAAGAGAUUAAAGUCACAAUCAUUUGACAACCAAAAAGAAUUUCUAUGGUGUCUAUCAAUCAAUUAAAAUUUUACUGAUUUUGUAAGGACAUUAAAAAAAGUGUCAAAAAAUUGUUAUAAAAACUGGUCACAAACAAAACAUGGCAUGUUUUGGGAAAAUGCAAGAAAUAUUUUAAUCUGUUAUUUCAAACUUGUUACUUUGUACAAAAGAUUUGCUAAAAUAUUAAUAAAAAUGGUUUAUUGGACCAAAUUACU